GUCGUUUGUCAGUUGUAUUCAAUAAUUCGCAAGGGAUUGAAUAUGUCUGGCGAGCGAGCGCAGCACCGACAGCGUCGGAACAGCUCAAACAUGAGCACGGACUGCGCCAUCGAGACCUCCAGUGGCAACAAACUAAGAUCAUCCCAAAAGUCACGCAGACGAGGGCGAGCUGCCAGUCAUGCUUCAAUCGAAGGCAACCCGGAAAUGAAGGGCUGGCUGCUAAAGUACACAAAUUACGUGAAGGGUUAUCAGCGACGCUGGUUUGUGCUCUCCAACGGUGUACUCAGCUACUACCUCGACCAGUCUGAAGUCCAUCAAACCUCUCGCGGCUCGAUAGCGCUCAAAGCUGCCCUCAUUGAAAACGUGGACCCUUGCACCUUUGCCAUUUCCGAUGGUAGCCAACAAACCUUUCGCAUCAAAGCCGUAAGUGAGGUGGAACGUAAAAGAUGGAUUGCAUCAUUGGAGCUGGCCAGAACCACGGCCACACAAGCGAAUGAAAUCGUUAAUCCACCUUCAACAGGUGGCUUGAACGAGGCCAGCGAGAAGCAGGUGCAAAUCAGGUGUCGGCGCACGCGUGUGCCGGACAAGCCCAACUAUCCGCUCAACCUGUGGACACUGAUGAAGAACUGCAUUGGCAAGGAUCUGUCCAAAAUACCUAUGCCCAUCAAUUUCAACGAGCCGAUAUCCAUGCUACAGCGCCUAGUCGAGGAUUACGAGUACUCGGAAGUGCUGGACACUGCCGCCGCCUGCACUGAUGAGUGCGAGCAAUUGGCCUAUUUGGCGGCCUUUACAGUUUCGGCGUAUGCGACGGCAGCGAGUCGCAUCAACAAACCCUUUAAUCCGUUGCUAGGCGAGACCUAUGAAUGCGACCGCACGGACGAUCUUGGCUGGCGCUGCUUGGCCGAGCAGGUGUCGCAUCAUCCGCCCGUAGCCGCACUGCACUGCGAGAGCAAGGAGUGGGUUAGUUGGCAAGAGUUCUCCCUGACGAGUAAGUUCCGUGGGAAGUAUUUGCAGGUAAAUCCGGUUGGCGGCGCCUACGUUUCGUUCCCCAGCACCGGACGUCGCUAUUGCUGGCGUCGUGUGACAACUACUGUGAACAACAUUAUCGUCGGAAAGCUCUGGGUGGAUCUGCACGGAGAAAUGGAAAUCAUUGGCAGUGGUGCGGCGCAUGGAUACAAGUGCAUCCUAAACUAUAUACCAUACUCAUACUUCGGCCGUGAGGUGCAGCGCAGCAUCAAAGGCGUUGUACUCAAUCGCAAUAAGGAGGCCAAAUGGUUGCUGCGUGGCACCUGGGACGACAAAAUCGAAAUAGCACCCGUUUUGCACACCAGUGGCACACAUAAGAGCCCCAGCUAUACCACUGGCGAGUACAAGGUUGCCUGGCAGCGUCGGCCAGCUGCACCAGAAUCGGAAAAGUUUUACAACUUUCCCACGUUUGCCUGUCAGCUUAACGAGCCGGAGGAAGGUGUCGCGCCCACGGACUCGCGCCUGCGACCCGAUCAGCGUUGCAUGGAGGAAGGCGCCUGGGACAAAAGCAAUCAGGAGAAAUUGCGGCUCGAGGAAAAGCAGCGAGCGGCGCGAAAACAGCGGGAGGAGAAGGAAAAACAGGCGGCAGCGGAAGGACGAUCUUAUCCAGCAUAUGAGCCCAUGUGGUUCAAGCGCGAGAGAGAGGAGGGUAGCAAAGAAUUUUUGCACAUCUCCAAGAAUACAUAUUGGAAGGCCAAGGCAGCCCAAGACUGGAGCGGUUGUCCGAAUAUUUUUUAACAGCUGCGUGAUAUACUUUUACAAAAAAACAACAAUGGGA